AUGGGCAUGGCAGGUCCCGGCUGCAAGGCGAGCAUUGGACGGGAAGGGAAUGCGUCAGCCAACGGCGCAGGUGUCGCGCGGCCAGCCAGGCGAGAGGGCCCAUGGCGCGGUGCCUGUGUCAGUCCAGGGGCAGCGGGAGAGCGGACUGGACGCAUGCUCCCCUGUGCGUCUUCUGAGCAUGAGCCCGCCGUGGACCGGCCCUGCGCAGUGCCGAUGCAGAUGCAGAUGCAGAUGGAUGCAGAUGCAAGCGCCAGAAUAGCCUUUGGGCUCGCUCGUACCGCUGGCCGAGGCGAUCCCUGGGCCUGCCAGUGCCAGUGCCGACCAAGUAACUACCGUGUAUUACUACUACAUUACACGUCUAGUAAAUUACAUGGACACUUGUACGUCGUCCGCCGUCCACGCUUGCUCACACACGGCAUCACCACCACUAAGACGACCACGGGUCAGCCUGGUGCCGAGGCGGUGACCAGGCCCUACCUGCUAGCACCCAAAGGGCCCCAAAUGAGCCCCCCAACUGCCGAACCGCUCGUCUAG